ACUCUUAUCUUUUUUCUCCUUCACCACCUCCAUUAAAUACCAAUCUUUUCACCACCACACACUCCACCCCUCUUCUCUCCCUCUCAAACUAAGCUAUUCAAUCGCCAGCCGGUUGCAAUGACAAAAGAAGUCGAAGUGGCGGAGCACCACAGCGGCAAAGACUACCAUGACCCGCCUCCAGCACCAUUGAUAGACGCUGCAGAGUUGACCAAAUGGUCGUUCUACAGAGCUCUCAUUGCUGAAUUUGUUGCCACACUUCUGUUUUUGUAUGUAACUGUGUUGACGGUUAUCGGGUACAAGAGCACGACUGACCCCGACUUGGAUGCUGAUCAGUGUGGUGGUGUUGGUAUCCUUGGGAUUGCAUGGGCAUUUGGUGGCAUGAUUUUUAUCCUUGUUUACUGCACUGCUGGUAUCUCUGGAGGACACAUUAACCCAGCUGUGACAUUCGGGCUAUUCUUGGCUAGGAAGGUGUCACUGAUUAGGGCUAUUAUGUACAUGGUUGCACAGUGUUUGGGUGCGAUAUGCGGUGUGGGUUUGGUCAAGGCUUUCCAGAGUGCUUACUACGAUAGGUAUGGCGGUGGAGCCAAUACUUUGGCCGACGGCUACAGCAAAGGUACCGGACUAGGUGCUGAAAUCAUCGGCACCUUUGUUCUUGUCUACACUGUCUUCUCGGCUACUGAUCCUAAGAGAAAUGCCCGAGACUCUCAUGUUCCUGUGUUGGCACCACUGCCAAUAGGGUUUGCAGUCUUCAUGGUGCACUUGGCAACAAUUCCGAUCACCGGUACCGGAAUCAACCCAGCCAGAAGCUUUGGUGCUGCCGUGAUUUACAACGACGCUAAGGCCUGGGAUGAUCAUUGGCUUUUCUGGGUCGGACCGUUUUUGGGCGCAGCUGCAGCGGCGUUCUACCACCAGUUUGUACUCAGAGCAGCGGCCGCUAAAGCACUUGGUUCUUUCAGAAGCAACGCAUGAACAAUGCAUAAUUGUAAGACGAUGCAUUAAUAUAUCCAUGUAAAAGAAUAAGAUUCGUAUGGACGACACAAUUGAUCGACAUUAAAAUGGACGUGGAAUUGUUGAUUUGUAGUUGAAUUCCGAUUCGAGUAAUGUAAUUUCAUUUUUUCGAUUUUUCUUUUCCUUUUCAUUGUGAA